GAGAGUCAGACAGCAUCCUGUCACAAGCAGUUGGCCGAGGAGGAACUACCUUUACAAUACAACAGUAUCUUUGCAGACAAGAACCCAAAACAAAACCUCUUCUAGAAUGUCAAGCUCUUUGGUUGUGUGCGAGGUGGAUGAGAGUCUGAAAGAAAAACUGAAGAAGUUUAGAUUUCGAAAAGAGACCAACAAUGCAGCCAUCCUGAUGAAAAUUGACAUGGAGAAACAGUUUGUGAUCCUGGAGAAAGAGUAUGAGGACAUCUCCCUGGAUGACCUGAGGAAUGAACUUCCAGAGCGGCAGCCAAGAUUCAUUGUUUACAGCUACAAAUACGUCCAUACAGAUGGCAGGGUGUCCUACCCGCUGUGUUUCAUAUUCUCAAGUCCAGUGGGGUGCAAGCCUGAGCAGCAAAUGAUGUAUGCAGGCAGCAAGAACCAACUGGUCUCCGCAGCAGAGCUCACAAAGGUUUUUGAGACACGAAACAUAGAUGACUUGUCUGAAGAGUGGCUGAUAAACAAACUGUCUUUCUUUCGCUGAAUAGACACUUGUGUUCACGUUAGCAAAAGUGCAUGUAUUGAACAUACCAGCACAUUAACUUCAUUACUGGUUUGCAAUAAAUUGCUUAUAGUGUCACUUA